GCUAUGGCUCCUCCUGCUACAGUGGAACGGGGCCAGACGUAACACCAGUGCGGGCGAACGGCGAGCUAUACAGCGAUACGGUCCUCUCGAGCCGCGGUGGAAGAUGGCAGCUCGUCUGAUGCUCAAGAAAAAGACAUAGACGGCGUAUUCUGCGUCGCCUCUUCUGUCGUGAAAGCUUCGACAUUUUCUCCAGAUUACCAACACCCCAAAUGAACUCCGUCAGAGCAAGUAACGUGAACAGAAGACCUAGGCGAGUAUCAAGGCCGCGCCCGGUGCAGCCCGAUAGGAACCACCAGGAAAGAGAUGAGGACAUUCCUGCAGAAAUGGUUGCAGAAGAAUCUGGUCCAGGAGCUCAGAAUAGUCCCUACCAACUUAGAAGAAAGUCUCUACCUAAGAGAACGGUGUGUCCCACAAAGACAAACAUGGAGGGUGCCUCCACUUCAACAACAGAAAACUUUGGACACCGACCUAAACGCCCCAGAGUUUCAGGAAAGGGUCCCGAUUUACCAGCUGCUCCAGCAGAACAGUAUUUGCAAGAGAAGCUUCCAGAUGAGGUGGUGCUGAAGAUUUUCUCAUACCUGCUGGAGCAGGAUUUGUGCCGUGCAGCUUGUGUGUGCAAGCGCUUCAGUGAGCUGGCCAAUGACCCCAUCCUCUGGAAGAGACUGUACAUGGAGGUUUUCGAAUACACUCGACCUAUGAUGCAUCCGGAGGCAGGAAAGUUUUACCAGAUAAAUCCGGAAGAACAUGACCAGCCAAACCCAUGGAAGGAGAGUUUUCAGCAACUGUAUAAAGGUGCCCACGUUAAGCCAGGCUUUGCAGAACACUUCUACAGUAAUCCUGCCAGAUACAAAGGGAGAGAUAACAUGUUUUAUUAUGACACCAUUGAAGAUGCACUCGGAGGAGGUCAGGAGCCUCAUUUUGACGGCUUGAUAUUUGUGCAUUCUGGUAUUUACACAGAUGAGUGGAUCUAUAUUGAAUCCCCCAUCACCAUGAUUGGAGCUGCUCCUGGAAAGGUUGCAGAGAAAGUCAUCAUUGAGAACACCAGAGACUCCACCUUUGUUUUCAUGGAAGGCUCUGAAGAUGCUUACGUUGGAUUUAUGACAAUCAGGUUCAACCCUGACGAUAAAUCUGCCCAGCACCACAACGCGCACCACUGCUUGGAGAUUACAGUGAACUGCAGCCCCAUCAUUGACCACUGCAUCAUUCGUAGCGCAUGUACAGUUGGGUCGGCUGUGUGUGUCAGUGGUCAGGGGGCUUGUCCCACAAUAAAACACUGCAACAUCAGUGACUGUGAAAACGUUGGUCUUUACAUCACUGAUCAUGCGCAGGGGAUCUACGAGGACAAUGAGAUCUCAAACAACGCUUUGGCUGGGAUUUGGGUAAAAAACCACGGCAACCCAAUAAUCAGGAGGAAUCACAUCCAUCAUGGCAGAGAUGUCGGUGUUUUCACGUUCGAUCACGGCAUGGGUUACUUUGAGAGCUGCAACAUCCAUAGAAACCGAAUAGCUGGUUUUGAGGUGAAGGCAUACGCCAACCCCACGGUGGUUCGCUGUGAGAUCCAUCACGGUCAGACUGGGGGCAUCUACGUGCACGAAAAAGGCCGUGGGCAGUUCAUUGAAAACAAGAUCUAUGCAAAUAACUUUGCAGGGGUGUGGAUCACCUCAAACAGCGACCCCACAAUAAGGGGUAACGCCAUUUUUAACGGAAACCAAGGUGGUGUCUACAUUUUCGGUGAUGGCCGAGGCCUCAUUGAAGGAAACGACAUUUAUGGCAACGCCCUGGCAGGAAUCCAGAUCAGGACCAAUAGUUGUCCUAUUGUGCGGCACAACAAGAUCCAUGACGGUCAACAUGGCGGCAUAUAUGUGCAUGAAAAAGGACAGGGAGUGAUAGAGGAAAAUGAGGUGUACAGUAACACUCUGGCAGGGGUGUGGGUGACAACAGGCAGCAUGCCAGUACUAAGGAGGAACAGGAUACACAGUGGGAAGCAGGUUGGGGUCUACUUCUAUGACAAUGGCCACGGUGUGCUAGAGGACAAUGAUAUCUACAAUCACAUGUACUCUGGGGUUCAGAUAAGAACUGGCAGUAAUCCUAAAAUCAGACGAAACAAGAUCUGGGGGGGCCAAAAUGGGGGCAUUUUGGUUUACAACUCAGGUUUAGGAUUCAUUGAGGACAAUGAAAUCUUUGACAAUGCAAUGGCAGGAGUGUGGAUCAAAACCGACAGCAACCCCACGCUGCGCAGAAAUAAGAUCCACGACGGGAGGGAUGGAGGGAUCUGUAUUUUCAAUGGAGGAAGAGGUUUGCUAGAAGAGAACGACAUCUUCAGAAAUGCCCAAGCAGGUGUUCUCAUUAGCACCAACAGUCACCCCACACUGAGGAAAAACAGGAUAUUUGAUGGCUUCGCUGCAGGUAUUGAGAUAACUAACCAUGCUACAGCAACCCUAGAAGGCAAUCAGAUUUUCAACAAUCGUUUUGGGGGAUUGUUUCUUGCAUCUGGUGUCAAUGUUACAAUGAAAGGUACUUUCAUAUUGCAUAUUUUACGAUCUCCUGCUCCUAAUUCAAUAUUCAUGUUUAAAUGUAUUCUUUGUCUACCACCAGAUAAUAAAAUACAAAACAAUCAGGAUGCCAUUGAAAAGGCUGUGAGCAGAGGUCAGUGCCUGUACAAGAUUUCAAGUUACACCAGCUACCCAAUGCACGAUUUCUACAGGUGUCAUACCUGUAACACAACAGACCGCAAUGCCAUUUGCGUGAACUGCAUCAAGAAGUGUCACCAAGGACACGAUGUGGAGUUUAUCAGACACGAUAGGUUCUUUUGUGACUGUGGUGCAGGGACGCUGUCCAAUCCAUGCACGUUAGCUGGGGAGCCGACUCAUGACACGGACACUUUGUACGACUCUGCUCCCCCUAUAGAGUCAAAUACGCUGCAGCACAACUGAGCCUUAGACCUGGGGUCUAAACACAAGAUACUUUUAGUUGUGCAGCAAAGAGCAAGCCUGAACUAUAAUAUUCACUUUGAGAGAACAAAUACAGCUAAAAUAAAAUGUGGGUCAGGAAAUUGUUGAGGAAAAAGAAGCCUGAUGGAUGCCUCGCUUUUUUCUUGAAAAAAAGACAGGAGGAGCAGAGAGCAGCAGACUCAGGGUAUGCGGGUGGGGUUAAAGUGCAAGUUACCAACGGUGAGAUGGACAAAAGCCACCUUCACUCAUCUUACUUUAAGAAACGCAAGAACAAGAUCCUACAGUGAUGUACAGAUCCAGGAAGAAAUGGUCCCUCAUUCAAAGAUGCUUCCACCACUUCGGCGACAGACAUGCUCGUAUUUAACAUACGACGGGGGGAAAAAAAUGACCUAGCACUUCAGCCUCCCCUCCCCCUUCUUAAGAAACUGAGAUUUGAUUUUAUGCUUUUGUGUAGUUUUGUAUUUUCAUGCAAAAAUCUUACUGUACUUGAAUGUCUUUAUUUUAUUAAAUGUGUUUGUUUUUUUUGUUAUUCCCCACAAUUGCUGUAACUAUACUCAUGUCGCAGUAUCUAACUUCUUUCUGUGAAAGAGAUCCAAGAAAAAGAGGAAAACACUAAACAUUUUCUCUAGCAAUGUUGAUUUUGGUUGUAGCAACAGAAAAAACCAUUGCAGAAUUGUGCUUUGACAAGACUGGUUGGAACAUGUUAGGGGGGGAAAGUCAGGUGUGGUAUUGCAGCCUGCUUUACAGAUUCUAUGCAUAUUAUUUUCUACGUUCGUCUUGUUAAACAUCAGCCUACAGGCAUUCAAAUUACAGGCUUAAUCCAAAACUUAUGACCAAGUAAAAUGAUUGCUGCUGAUGUGAUAAUUACACAUCUGAUAGGAAAUGUAAGUUAAACAGUUUACGUCUGUUCCUGUUUAGAGAAAAGUUGCUUUGUCUUUAUUUUCAGAUGCCUGUUUUUAUAUAAACAUAAACGCAAGAAGUCUUGUAAAAGCAAAAUUUGUAUUUUUCUGUUUUUUUUUUUUUUUUCCAACAUUGCUGGAGAAUUGAACAGCUUUUGCUCUACAGAAGCUGAGACAAGUAUCUAUAUACAGCGCUUUAUGGUUUAUCAUUGCCUCCCUCUCCUUUCAUUCAUGUGUACUGGUGAUUGUGGAUUUCUCAUACAGACUGAAAAUGUAUGCAUGUAUCAUAAACAUCUAGACUUAAUAUAUUGUGAAGUAUUCAAUAACCGUUAUGUAGGCGCUAGUGUGAAUUAAAAGGGUUUAAUUUCCUAGAUGAAACAUUGUCAUUUUUUAAGAAUAAACUUUAUUAGAUCAUUGCA